AAAUCUUCGAAUGAAGGCGCACGUCCUCGGCGGGAGCCCCAACCUCGUGGCCGAGCGCCGGCGCCGUGAGAAGGCCGAAGAGCUCGUGAAGAAGGCUAAAACCGACCUUGUGACGCUCACGACGUCGAUUGCGCCGCAAGUGGACGCGCUGCGCUCGGCCGUGCAGGCACUCGAGCGCGACAACCAAGAACAGGUGGAGCUCGAAGCAGCGUCACAAGAAACCUUUUUAUCCCUGCAGCAGCAGUUGGAAGCCCUGCGCACCCACCAGCACGCUGCCCACGUCGCGCUGCACGACCAAAUUGACAAGAAGAUGGAUCGUCUGCACUACACCGUUGCCCAAGAGCAGCAGAAAUACCGAAGGCAUUUGCAAGAGGUCAAGACCGAAGUCGCCGCGAUGAAGGAGCACAUGGCCGUCCUGCGCGGCGAGAUGGAUUCGUUCCGGAGCGCGGCCAAUGGCCGACUGGGCCAAACCCAAGGUCUUCUCGAAAAGAUGCGGGAGCAAGCGCAGAAGGAGGCGGACGCUACAUUGACAUCAUUUCACACGUUUGAAGCCAAGCUGACGGCCUUGGAUGAAAAGCUCUUUGGACUCGAGAAGGCACAGCUGCAGCUCCACUUGGCACGCCCGUCCGGCCGCGAAACCAUGAUGCUGGCAACGACGGAAAGGCACCGAUGUGACGAUCUGCACAUGGACCUGGAAGCGAUAAAGGCCGACAUGAGUGCCUACCGGAGCGCGGACCGGAUGCAGUUUGAUGCGCUCACGAAUCGUCUGCGCGAGCUCGCGCGCGGCGCGGCGGCCAAGCACCAGCACGUCGCGUCGGAGCUCGAGGACUUGACGCAAAAGCUCCACCACCUAUCGACGAAGUUACCCAUGGACCUUUCGCAGCGCUUCGAUGUUGCGCAGCAGGCGUGGGCCAGUGAGAUUGCCGUGCUCAAGGCCCAGAAAACGUGCGCCCCGUCGCCGCCACCAGCAUGGGCAGGUAGCUUAACCGCGCCCGAGUCGCCGAUUGUUGAAGUGCGAGCACAUCUCUCGGCAGUCGAGACACGCAUCGGUCAAGUAGCUGCGUCCUUGCAUGCCUUUCAGAUCCACAUUGGCGCACAGGUGCUGCAAUUGCAACGCGGUGUCGCCGACGUAGCGACGCAACGCGCGUCCGACCAGCGCGCGUGGGCGCAGCAGCUUCUGGCUCUCCACGCCCUUCUUCAUGAGUUGCGUGUGGCCGUUGCGUCUGGGCCGACGACAGGCGACGCGUAA